GAUUGCUAUCCAAUGCCGAUUAUAGACAAACUAGUUGAAGCGGCUUCAGGCAAUGAGAGGUUAAGCCUCUUGGACGCAUAUUUGGGGUAUCAUUAGGUGCCAAUGGCUCCAGAAGACGAAGAGAAAACUGCGUUCUAUGCUGGCGAUGAAAUUUAUUGUUAUGUCAUGAUGCCAUUUGGCUUGAAGAAUGCAGGUGCUACUUAUCAGAAAAUGGUAACCAUUGUCUUCCAUGCCCAGAUUGGCAAGAACCUGGAAGUAUAUGUCGAUAACAUUGUGGUAAAGAGCCUCAAAGCAGAAGACCAUCUCGCCGACCUCGACGAAACCUUUAACAACCUCAGAAAGAACAUGAUGCGGUUAAAUCCAGCCAAAUGCAUUUUCGGAGUGGAGUCCAGCAAAUUUUUAGGUUUCAUGGUGUCCCGAAGGGGAAUUGAGGUCAAUCCAGAGAAGAUCAGAGCAAUUGCCGAGAUGGAACCGCCAAAAUCAGUGAAGGAUAUACAAAGGCUGACUGGAAGGGUGGCAGCUCUGCAUCGGUUCAUAUCAAAGUCAGCAGAUAAAUGUCUACCGUUUUUCAAAAUUAUGAGGUCGGCCGCCCAGAAAGACGAAUCAGGAAAGCACAAGAAGUUUGAAUGGAACCAGGAAUGUCAAGCUGCAUUUGAAGAACUAAAGUCUUAUCUUAGUUCAUCGCCUCUGUUAACUAAAGCUGUAGAUGGAGAACUUCUUUAUUUGUACCUGGGGAUUUUAGAUGAGGCCAUUAGUUCAGUUCUGGUGAGAGAAGAAGCUAGGCAGCAGAAACCAAUUUAUUAUAUCAGCAGCAUGCUGCACGGAGCAGAGCUGAAAUAUCCUAUAGCUGAGAAAGCAACACUAGCAGUUGUCACUUCGGCCAGGAAGUUGAGACCAUAUUUCCAGUCACACCCAAUCAUCGUCCUCACAGAUCAACCCCUCCGGCAGAUUCUGCAGAAACCAGAGUGCUCUGGAAGGUUAAUUAAGUGGGCAGUAGAACUGGGGGAGUUUGAGAUCACGUUUCAGCAGAGGUCGACCAUCCGAGCUCAAGCAUUAGCAGAUUUUGUUGUUGAAUGCACCCCAUGUCCCUCAACCUCUACUCUAGAACUCAAUGAAUGGGCCUUAUAUGUUGACGGGGCAUCUAGUAGCAAAGGUUCAGGGGCUGGAGCUCUCUUGAUUGGUCCAGACGGUUAUCGAAGCGAACAUGCUUUGAAGUUCAACUUUAAUGCGACAAAUAAUAUGGCUGAAUCAACUCUAUUUGCGAAGUCGUUGAUCCUGUGAUGGUAAAGUAUGUAGCCUUAGUGG